AUGGCCUCCCCUUCUCUUGUCACCAUUCCAUCCGCCCACGAAGGGACCCUCCAAGACACUGCCCGAAGCGCACGACCCACGCCUCUCCAUGCCCACUCAGACGUCUCCGAAGACACCAUGGACCUGGAGAAGCAACAGACCUCAGAGCCCCCAGAAGCCAUUCCCACGGAAGACAUGCCCAACCUCCCCUACCGCACCCUAACCCGCGCCGCUACCAUGACCGAAUACACCCAUGAAACCCCCAGCGGCCUGCAACCCGUCGUGUCCCACAAAUCCGGCAAACUCGAACGUUUCGAGCUCGUCACGUUCAAGGAGAAUGACCCAAGCAACCCGAAGAACUGGAGCGAAGCGUACAAAUGGUGGUGCACGAUGGUGGUUGCGAUAACCUGUUUUAUCGUCGCGUUUAAUAGCGCUGUGAUUACGGCGGAUGUGGAAGGGGUGUGUGAGGAGUUUGGUGUUAGUCAGGAGAUUGGGUUGUUGACUGUGACGCUGUUCGUCGUUGGCUUUGGUGUCGGGCCGAUGGUUUUCGCGCCGUUGAGUGAGAUUAUCGGUCGGAGGCCUGUGUAUGCCGUGACGCUGGCGAUUGCAGUGGUAUUCAUCAUUCCCUGUGCGGUAGCGAAGAAUAUUGGCACGCUGCUGGUAUGUCGCUUCAUCGACGGCAUUGCGUUCUCGGCACCGAUGACUCUGGUCGGCGGGACGCUGGCGGAUAUGUGGAAGAACGAGGAGCGAGGCGUGCCUAUGGCUGUGUUUAGCGCUGCUCCGUUCAGCGGUCCGGCCGUUGGUCCGUUGGUCGGCGGCUUUCUUUCAUUUGCAACUGGCUGGCGAUGGCUAUACUGGAUCCAGCUUAUCCUAUCUGGUGUCUGCUGGGUCGUUAUCACCUUCACCGUCCCUGAGACUUACGCACCUACGAUCCUUUCUCGCCGAGCAAAGCAGAUGCGAAAAGAGCUGAACGACGACAAGUAUGUUACAGAGUUGGAGCUGAACGAGAGACCUCUGGCGGAGAGGCUGCGAAUCUUCUUGAUCCGGCCCUUCUUGCUGCUCUGUCGUGAGCCCAUUGUGAUGUGCAUAUCACUGUACAUGAGUUUGCUCUACGGCCUGUUGUACAUGUUCUUCGUAGCUUUUCCAAUUGUCUACCAAGAAGGCAAAGGAUACUCGGCAGGCAUCACAGGUUUAAUGUUCAUACCCAUCGCCGUCGGCGUGGUCCUGAGCGCCCUUUGCGCGCCGCUGGUGAACAACCACUACCUCAAGCUGGUCAAGAAGCACAACGGCAAGCCACCGGCAGAAGCCCGACUCGUGCCCAUGAUGUUCUCCUGCUGGCUCAUCCCCACCGGCAUGUUCAUCUUCGCCUGGACAUCCUAUCCCCGCCUCUCCUGGGCCGGUCCAGCAAUGGGCGGCCUCCCCGUCGGCUUUGGCUUCAUCUUCCUCUACAACUCGGCCAACAACUACCUCGUUGACAGCUACCAGCAUCAAGCCGCGUCCGCUCUGGCUGCGAAGACUUUCUUAAGGUCUCUCUGGGGCGCCUCGACUGUGUUGUUCACAAUUCAGAUGUACCAUACGCUAGGGUAUCAGUGGGCUUCGUCGUUGCUCGCGUUCCUCAGUCUUGCGGCUUGUGCAAUCCCGUUUGUAUUUUAUUUCAAGGGGGCGGCGAUCAGGAAAAUGUCGCACUAUGCUUAUGCUGGGGAUAAGGAGUGA